AUGCCGACGACUGCUCCACUCAUGGGCCCUGCCGUGCAGGCAACUGCUCCACUCCCGGGCCCUGCCGUGCUGGCGACUGCUCGGCUCGCGGGCCCUGCCGUGCUGGCGACUGCUCGGCUCGCGGGCCCUGCCGUGCUGGCGACUGCUCGGCUCGCGGGCCCUGCCGUGCUGGCGACUGCUCGGCUCGCGGUCCCUGCCGUGCUGGCAACUGCUCGGCUCGCGGGCCCUGCCGUGCUGGCGGCUGCUCAGCUCGCGGGCCCUGCCAUGCUGGCGACGACUACUCCGCUCGCGGGCGCUGCCUGUCUGGCGGCUGCUCGGCUUGCUCGCACUGCCGUGCUGGUGACUGCUCGGCUCGCGGGCGCUGCCGUUUAUGUGAUGUUGGAAUGCAUGAAGUUGCUCUUGAGAGCCCAAGUUGGAAACCCAACUCAUAGGUUGCAGACAUGUGGAGCAAUAAUGUGA